AUGUUAGACAAUGAACGAUGUUUAUUAGACUGCAUUUAUAGGCCUCACAUGCUUGAUUCCAUAAAUACAAUUACUAAAUCUAUCACAUAUGCAAAACAUUUAAUAACAACAAAGUAUGACGGAUUAUUAGUGUGUGGUGAUUUCAAUUUACCCCCUAUAAAAUGGAAUAACAAUGGUGUAAAGUCAGUUAAAGACACAAAUAUUAAUUCGUUAGCAAAUCAAUUCAUCGACUGUUUAUCUGAUGCAUAUUUAACUCAAUUUGUAACAGAUCCUACUUUUCAAGCUGAUGAAAUUACGUCAACUAGUACACUGGACCUUAUAAUAGCCGAAUGCAAUGAAAAAAUUAAAGAAAUUUUUCAUUUACCGCCUCUAGCAAACUUAAAAAAAGGACAUCAUGUCUUGACAUUUCUUUUCAAAACAAAAUCAAUGCCACAACCAAAGUUUAUUUGCAAAAAAAUGUUUCAUAGUACGAAUUAUGAAUUAAUGUCUGAUUUUUUCACUAACUGUGAUUGGAGAAUUAAUUUUGAAAAUCGAAACGUAAACGAAUGCUAUGAUGCUUUCCUAAAAUAUUACAAUAUUGCGUGUGAUAAAUACGUCAAAAUCAAAUAUGUAAAAACGAAUUAUAAGUCAUGCAACUGGAUAUCUCUGCCACUGAAAAUAAAAAUGAAGUCAAAAAAUAAACUUUGGUUCAAAUGUUUGGCCUGUGGCUUUUCCAAUGCAAAACUGGUAGAAGAAUACAAACAGAGUAAAAUAACAUACAAAAGGUUACUCAAAAAAACAGUAAAAGAGUAUGAAUUAAAGUUAGCCAUUAAUGCUAAACAUAACCCAAAGCUUUUGUAUUCAUAUGUGAAGCAGAAGAAAAAAAUCAAGUCGAGUAUAAAUUCCUUAAAAGAUAAAAGCGAUUGUACGAUCACAGAUUCAAAAGACAUAGCAAAUACUUUAAAUGACCAUUUUCAAGAUGUAUUCACAAAAAACGAUGUUACCGAAGUACCAAAAUUCGAAAAGCGUACAAACAAUAUAUGUGGCACACCGUUAUUUGAUUUUAAUUUGGUUUACAAUAUAUUAGUGAAGUUGGAUCCAAAUAAAUCUGCUGGCCCAGACGGAGUAAGUCCAAUUUGUAUUUGUCCAGAUGAUUGGAAAUCUGCACACAUAACACCUUUAUAUAAAAAAGGUAGCAAACUAAUUACAAGCAAAUAUCGUCCAAUUUCUUUGAUGUCAGUUGUUAGUAAAGUUAUGGAAAAAAUUGUCAAUAACAGUUUGGUCCAACACUUAGUACAAAAUCACCUAACUUCAACUAAUCAACAUGGUUUUGUGCACAACAAAUCAUGUACAACUAAUUUAAUUGAAACAAUGGACUUUAUUACCUAUUCAUUAUCUAAAGGAAAUGCGGUUGAUGUAGUAUUCAUGGAUUUCGCUAAAGCCUUCGAUGUUGUUCCGCAUAGAUAUUUAAUUCACAAGUUGUCGAAUUAUGGAAUUAUAGGUCACACUUUAAAGUGGCUUGAAUCUUUUUUAAAAAAUUGUUAA